GUCAUCUUCAUCUUUUCGCUGCUGGGCUACGAGGAGAUGCUGACGGACCGCAGCCUAUACCCGCAAUGGAGCAUCUCCGUGGGCUGGGCGCUCACGGCCUCCUCGCUGCUCUGCAUCCCGGUGUACGCCGUCUACAAAAUCGCCAUCACGCCAGGGCCCUUCCUCAAGCGGCUGUCCAAGGUGAUGAAGCCCGAAGACACGUCGGAGGAGCGCAGCCUCAACGCCAACUCCACCUGCGUCCCCGGCGCGCACGUCUGA